AUGAGACAGGACGUGGGUCAUAACUCAGUGGGACAACUGGUUCGGGCGGCGCUACCAGUUGUCGCAAAUGGGUCACCCGCUUAUCCUAUCAUAUCUGUGUUCCUUCUUCGAUUUCGCAAUUUCCCUUUUCAUCCGGAGGACUUCCGAUUUUGGUUAUUGAUCUGUUAGAUCAAUUUUUUUGAAUCGUUAGGUUAAUUUAUCUGUUUAUUUAUCAUGGGACAUUAUUGAUGGAGAAAAAAAUUAAAUCAGAUCCGCCAGAAGUUGGAAAAAGCCUGACCGGUCUGCGGACUCUUUUUCCCUCAUCAGUGAGGGCAAAAAUUCUGAAAAUGGCGCAGAUAAGUAAGACAGUUUAAAGUUAUGGGGAAUGGAGUUUAUAAAAAAAUAUAAAAAAAGCUGCUAGUUAUUUUUUUCCGUUUUCCAUGGACCACUAAACUUUUCUCGCGACUUUUUUUAUAAAAAUUUUUUUUGUUUUCUAUAAUUAUUUAGACAUGAACUGAGAAAGGUUAAUUUGGGGGUUUUGUUGCUUCUGGCCCUAGAGUUUAGAGGCUUCAUCAAUUUUCGAACUCAGUCUUUUUCUUCUAUCAAGUUGAUUUGACCUCGAACAAAGAAUAUAAAAAGGGAAAAUGCCGUGGAGCACACAAGCUGUAUCAACCUGAUUUUAAUUCGGCUAUUAUUCCAACUUACUCUGUUUUUUGUUCACCCGAAAAGCCAUCUAGCCGCGAACAACAAAUUCUGGAAUCGCGAGAGCUUGACGACUCGAUUAUCACCGAAAAGAGUGAUGAAUUGACGGCUGAAUAUGCGGCGGUCGAAAGUGAAACGAGAGCGGCCCUUUUGUGGAGAAGCGUCGCUUCCCCAAUAUUCCAAUGACCACUCAUCUCGACUCUUGUUUCGAUUCAAAUAAGCUUCAUUGAUUACUUACUCUUAUUGAUUUUCCAUCACUUUUUAUACUUCUUCUUUCAUCUUUUCUAAACUUUUUUGGAAUGAUUUUUGAGAAAAAGGCGAUUUUCGGCUCAUAAUGUGUGACUGGAAAACUUGUUCAGAAUCAUGAAGUACCUUGGUUUUAAUAUAUAUUCACCGAGUUUUUAAUGUUUAGGCUGUAAAAAAUAAUUUUAUUUGCUUCAAUUAACUAUAAUUCGUUCACCGUUAUUUUGAAGCGAAACCUCUUCUUUUUGCACACUUUUUUCAAGAUAAUGUAACUUUUAGUUUAUUAUGAAUGGUGGAUUUUUUUCAUUUUGUAAUCCCCUAUUCUCGGAAUCUCCUGACACUCCAGCUUUUUCCAGAAGGUUUUCGGAAUGCCAUUAUGUGGAAAUGACGAUUGUUCUCAUUAGCCAUUCCAUUGCGUAUCUAACCUGCUUCCAAGCAUCCUCUUCAUUUAUGUCUUCACGCUUCUGUUCAUCAUUUUCCAACUUCUGCUGAAUUUACCGUGAUUUCAGGGAUAUUGCCGAAUAUCCACGCACGGAGAGUUUUCCGUCAUGAGAUGAAAAUCACCGAACACUGGAGUCGCGCUUGGGUUUUUUUUUUCUUUUGUUAAUAACAAGGAAGGUCAUUUACUUUGCGAUUGGGGAUUCCCCGGGAAAUGGUCAGGAAAUUUCUUGAUUUACUAAAAGUAGACCUUGAGAGUCUCAAUCUUCGCAACAUCCUAGUUUUCGAGAAAUACGAGUUCGAAGUCGCAAAAUGCAUAUGUUACAUGCCAUAUCAUUGUUUGAUGUACCAGGUGAAGAUCCUGGAAGUCUCAUGGCCUAUGUCACCGGAUUUUAUAGAUCUUCUUUGACUUCGAGUUGUCCUUUUUCGUAAACUAGAAAGUUAUACAGAUUGGGACUUUCAGGAUCUUUACCUGGUACAUCAAUUUUUCGGGAAUUCUUAAUCGAAAAGUAAAACGACCUUCUUUGAAAACUUUGAAGGAUUUUUUCGAAAUUCAUCCAAUACCUGAUAACAAUCUGAAAUCUUUGAGAAAGCAGCCUUUUUAUUAAUCAAAGUUUUGCCUUUUCCCCAAUUUUUUCAUACCCUACUUCUCAGGACUUGGCGCUGAGAGCGACCGUUUUAUUAUGUCUAUUGACUCAUGUUAACGGGAAUCCUAUCGAUAAUGGCCUCGUCGAUUCUGAACUCAUACAAGGUCUGUGUAUUUUUUAUUUUUGAUAAAUGAAAACUUGUCUGAAGAAUGCGUUUCUCACAAAGCCGUCGAUGUUAUUGUCAUUCUCGACGGGUCCGGAUCGAUUGGAGAUGAAACCUUCAAAAGACAGGUAUUUUUAAUUUGAGGGACUUAUAAUGUUAUCAAAAAAAUCUUUGCUUUGGCUGAAAGCACAGAACUUCGAAAUGAGAAAAAAAAAUAAUUUUCCGUUCAGAAACUUUACUGCAAUUUUUCUACGCUCCAUAUCCAAAAAAAAAAAUUAAUAAUCAUAUUUUCUGAAUAUUUCUUCUAGUUGGACUUUGCGAUGCAUUUGGCGGGCCGUUUGAACAUUUCCGAUGAGGGAAGCCACAUGGCGAUGAUCCAGUUCGCAGAAACGCCCAAACUCGAGUUCGCCCUAGGACUUUACAAUCAUCCGACGCAGGUCCGUUUUUCAAUUAUCAUACUUUGCAAUUUUCCUUAGCAUCUUUCUUUUUCAAUGAGAACUGUACUAUGAUAAGGAUUCACAAAAAGUCUCUCUAUCAACGUUUUCGAAAAAUUCUAGCUUGAAUGGGCGAUCCAACGCGUUGAGUACCUCUCUGGAGCUACGAACACUGGCAAAGCCCUAAGGUUCACACUCGAGAAAGGUGAUCAUAAAAGUUCUAACGAAAAAUCAAUCAAAAUGUUCUCAGGUCUGCAAGGCUCGCGACCGGACGUUCCCAAGGUAGCCGUGGUCAUUACCGACGGCCAGAGCCAGGUAACGUCUUCUAGGAAUCUUCUUAAAAAUCCCCGUAUUUCAGGACGACGUCUCCGAGCCGGCACAGCUUUUGCGCGACGCCAACGUCAUGAUCUACGCCAUCGGUGUGACUAAUCUCGUCAAUGUUCAUCAGCUUCAUCAGGUUCAGUUUUUGCUCUUUAAACCCUCCGGGGAAAUAGGUUUUUUUUUUUUGAAUGCGGUUUGACCAGAACAUUGGAAGAUUGAAUAAUGUAGUUUAGGAACCGAAAACUUAACUAGAGUUAAGAGGAACUUUUGCCCAGAUAAUUCAGCCUUUCAUCUAUUCCUUAUCGGAUAACUUUUUCCAUGAUUUUUCAGAUGACCGGAAAUCCAGUUAGAGUCUUCACUGUAGAAUCUUUCGAGCAGCUGGACAAGUCCCUCGCAGAUUCCCUCACUUGGGACAUGUGCAAGACUGAAUUUCGUGAGUUUUAUUUUCUCAUUUUUAUGGCUUUCGAAUGUUUAGAAAGUGUUUCAGAACUACUUUUCUAUAAAAUAAUCUGUUUUUUUUUUGACUUUGACAUUUACCCUUUUUCGUAAAAACAUGUUUGAAUGAAAUUUUUCUUUUUUUUUCUCUCGCAACUGUUUAUGAAGAAUCCUACCACUGAGUCUAAGAUACCGAGAUUUCUGAAGGAAUGAAAAUAAAUUUCCAGGACCAGGGACCCCGGAAGUGAUCUGCGGACCGGACCGAAUCGGCGUCAGAGCCUCUACCAAACAGCCUUUCGAUGGGCAGGUCUUCGUCCAGGACCACUUCCACGAGGAAGGAUGUCGCGCCGGACCUGAGAAGUAUAUAAAAUAUUUAAUUUUUAUUGUAUUCAUUCCUAAUCAUCGUCAUCAACAGUUAAUUCAGUUUGCAACAAAUAAAAUUUGGACCAUAUACAAUUUUUCAUUUAGUUUCCCCGACGCGAGAAGCAUCGGUUUGACUGUCCCAUUCUCCUCUUGCAACGUUCAUCGGUACCGCUCGGUUAGUAUUCCUGCCCAAAAAUUCAUAAAACGAUUUCCUUUCAGUUGAACCCCAAAGGAAUCUUCGUCGAGGUCAGCAUCGUUUUCAUGUUCCAUUCCCUGUGAGUUUGGAAAUUCUCGCAGUUUUGUUAAAAUUGUCGUUCAAAUGUUGAAAAGUGGAAAAGUGAUAUAACUAAAAAUAUUAACGAAAAAACCGCUCGCUUUGGCUGAAUACCUCAUUAAACACAGCGAAUCGAAGUCUUUCGCAAGUAUGACUUUGCAGAUUCAUGACGAAAACCGAUCAGACGGUGAAGGUCCAAUGUUUCUACAUGGAAGCUGAUAAGCAUGUCACUGUACCCUUGUCUGUGAGGUUAGUUGGAAAAAGUUAUCGCAUGGAAAUAGGCCACAAAUAAUAUUUGAAAACAAGGGGAUGAGUUGAAACUUAAAACACCGAGAAUAAAGAUUAGAUAUAGCUGAUUCACGGCUGACUUGAGCCAUCGAAAAAAAGGUCCUGAGACGAUAAGAAAAGAGACAGUGCCUGGCUAGUAGAGAGCGCAGACAGGCCACCUCUUCGCGUCUCAAAAUAGCCGGGAAUCGGCUACACUUUCUCAAUUUCAGCGAUUUCUCAAGAAGAAUUUCCCGAAUCUGAUUUUCAAUGGCCUUUCAUUGUGCCUUUAUACAUUGGAAAUUUUGAAAAACUCAAGAAUGUCUGGAAGGAUAUAAAGUAUGCUCUAAUGAUCUUUUUUUUCUUCUAGUUACGCGAAAUCACUUCGAGAUCUCCAAGCAAAAAGCGAGAGAUAUCCAAGAAUUUUCAUUCUGUUCGCUCCACGGAAAAUCUACAAAUUUUACUUUUUUUACAAUGGAAAUUUCUGUAUUUUAUCAAGUCCUAUCUUACUGAUUUCCUUGAUUAAAAAAUUUCAGCAUGAUAACAACAGUCUUCCGGGAGCAAGUCUAUCAGAUGCCCCAAUGUACUUACACCUUGCGCAAAGGGAGUCCCGAUGGGCCGAUUGUCCGAUUUGCAACUCUUGGGCAAAGUGUCUUCCACAGGUCGCUUCCGUCUUCAUUAACCCAAGAAAAAUCAAAAGUUUCCAGAUGGGAAUGCAUAGAAGUGGAAGGCGAGGACAAGGACACGUUCGGCAUGUUGGUCCACUCCUGCUACGUCGACAACGGCUUCGGAGAUCGCGUCGACAUUCUCAAUCCUGAUGGGUAUUCUUCGAGAUCUGUUAUGGAGAAGACGUUGGAUUCUUGAUGUUUCAGCUGCGGUCUGGACGCCGUUCUUCUGUCGACGCCUGACUACGGACCGAGUCUUAGGCUUGCCACCAAGCCUUACCACGUCUUCAAGUACGCGGACCGACCUGUUCUACAGUUCCAGUGCCAGGCAAGUUAACCAUUCCUCACGAUUAUUGCUACAUUUUCAAGUUCACGAGACUCUUUUCACAUUUUUCUUUCUCUUUUCGCAGGAAUUAUUCAAAUCGAAGAUGUCAAGAAUCAUUUAUUAUUUGAUAUUGCGUUGGACAAAACACGAAAAAAUUUUUUUUUGAUAAUAACUUUUUUGUGUGUAUUUCAAUCUUUCUGAAACUUCUUCAAGUUGUGAUUACUGAUAUUUCCAACAAGCUGAUAGCUUUUCACAUUUUAAAAUGAAAAUCCGACUUCAGAAGGUUCAGAAAAAAUGAGAUCCAUACAAGAAAAUUAUAAUGAAAAAAAUGUUUUCCCUUUUUUCUGAUGAAUCCCUCUUUGAUCACUAUAUCUGAGUGGUUUUGAUAUAUCCUUUUCACGAAAAACUUCAGAAAUAUUAUAAAGUGUGAAUGAACGGGCUCUUAGUUCCGAUGAGUCCUAGGUAACUCCAUUUUCAGAUCACCCUUUGCUUAAAGUACGACGGAGGCUGUGACGGAAUAACGCCGCCGAAGAAUUGCAAAGAGCUACCCGGAGAAGCGGGACACCUUCACCUCCACCACAACCAUCAGAAAAAGCGACUGGUUUGAUCUCAUCUUUCAGAUAAGCUCAGUACUCUCAACUUCAGGCCCGUCGUCACUCUGACGGCGUCGGCACCAUCGACGUCUUCACGGAGUCCGUCACUGUUCUCGAGCAAGAUCCGCCAGUUUGUCGCGAGGCAAGACAUUCAAGAAGCGCCAAUUAAUAUUUAUCGUUUCAGAAGGAGGACGUCUCCACGACAACGGCCGUCGUCCUCGUCUUCAGCUUAGGAAACAUCAUCUUCUCGACAGUCACCACAGCCGUUUGGAUCAAAAUGUUCCGCAGAAACCGCAAAAUGUCUCUUUCCCACUGA